AUGAGCGAUAGCCGACGAGAACUCCUGCUCAGCGCCGCGCUCGCUGCCUCCGUCGCGCUCCUGCUCGACCGCUGGCUCCGUCGCCGCGGGAGAGGCACCGGCAAGGAUGCGCUCGCCCGAGAGUUGGCCCGCCUCGAGGCGCGUGCCGAGGACGUCAGGGAGGCGCUCGCUGGCCUGGACGAGCCUCCGCAGCGAGAGGUGCGGAUCUGGAUGGACGGCGCGUUCGACAUGAUGCACUACGGCCACGCCAACGCGUUCCGCAAGGGCCGUGCCCUCGGCACGCACCUCAUCCUGAUGAACGACGAGGAGCGGCUCGCGAUGGUGCAGGCGUGCAAGAGCAAAGGCCAGCACUGCAAAACUCCGGAGGAGGGAGGUGUCUAG